GCUAUUAGCUUUAUGUAUUGUAAGUUAGCCACGUCGACUAAGCAUAUUGAGUAGAACUGUUCUGUGUAUGGGCAGAUGAGGGUGGAGAUCAGACAAAGAUUUCACGUAAAACAAGACACGAACUAGCCAGAAAUAGAAAGUCUUGAUGGCGAACUACGAGUUCAUACGACAGAACGAAGAGAGGGAUGGCGUUCGUUUCAGCUGGAAUGUGUGGCCAUCUAGCCGUCUGGAAGCCACCCGAAUGGUGGUCCCUCUUUCAGCUCUCUACACCCCUCUGAAGGAGAGACCUGAUUUACCACCCAUUCAGUAUGAUCCAGUCCUCUGUAGCAGAUCAACAUGCAGAGCUGUCCUCAAUCCAUUUUGCCAAGUGGAUUACAGGGCUAAGUUAUGGAACUGCAACUUCUGCUUUCAAAGAAAUCAGUUCCCCAACCAGUACAGAGGAAUAUCUGAACAGCACCAGCCAGCAGAGUUGAUUCCCCAGUUUACAACGAUUGAAUACACACUGACUCGAGCUCCUGCUGCCCCUCUUAUUUAUCUCUUGGUUUUGGAUACAUGCAUGGAAGAAGAGGACUUGCAAGCUCUCAAAGAAUCCCUUCAGAUGUCAUUGAGUCUGCUGCCCCCUAACGCCUUGAUUGGUCUCAUCACGUACGGUCGCAUGGUUCAGGUCCAUGAGCUGGGCUGUGAUGGAUGCUCUAAGAGCUAUGUCUUCAGGGGUACUAAAGACCUUACUGCCAAACAGAUCCAGGACAUGCUUGGCAUAGGACGUGUGCCAGCACAGGCACAGAGGGGCAACCAACAGCCACAGCAGCCACAACAACCACCUAUGAACAAAUUUCUCCAGCCUGUUCACAAAUGUGACAUGAACCUGACGGACUUGCUUGGAGAGCUGCAGCGAGAUCCAUGGCCUGUCAAUGCCGGAAAGCGCCCCCUUCGUUCCACUGGAGUAGCACUCUCCAUUGCCGUUGGCUUGCUUGAGUGUACGUUCCCCAACAGCGGUGCUCGUAUCAUGCUCUUCAUGGGUGGUCCUCCCACCCAGGGACCCGGCAUGGUGGUCGGUGAGGAGCUCAAGACAACCAUCAGAUCGCAUCAUGACAUCGAGAAGGACAGUGUCAAGUUCAUGAGGAAAGCAAUCAAGCACUAUGAUGCCCUAUCAAACCGUGCAGCUACUAAUGGCCACACCAUUGACAUCUAUGCCUGCAAUCUGGAUCAAACUGGUCUACAUGAAAUGAAGAACUGCUGUAACAUCACUGGUGGUCACAUGGUGAUGGGAGAUUCCUUCAAUACAUCACUGUUCAAGCAAACCUUCCAGAGAGUCUUCUCCAAAGAUGUCAAGGAAGAAUUCAAGAUGGCAUUUGGAGGGGUACUGGAAGUCAAGACAUCUCGUGAGAUCAAGGUAUCUGGUGCCAUUGGACCAUGCUUCUCCAUGGGGGUGAAGGGUCCCUCUGUGUCUGAUACAGAGAUUGGAACAGGAGGGACAUGCCAGUGGAAGUUCUGUGGACUCUACCCCAACACCACCGUAGGGCUCUUCUUCGAGGUCGUCAACCAGGUAAGAAAUACAUCAUGAAAUGAGACUUGUCUUGGAAAUUGUAUAUGUAUGUGUUGUGGUGUUUUUGUUGUC